AUGGCAGAACCCAGUGGUGGUGGCGGCAAUGGCAAUGCCGGUGAGGAGGAAAACCAACCAAGGGGUGGCAUCGAGACUCCGGGGUCUCCAAUCGACGAUCAGACGGCCCCAGAAGCGUCGUGGAUCACUGAUGCAGAGGUUCCAAGUGGUGGCAGCGGCGAUGGUGGCCAUGCAGCAGAGGGCGGCGACGGCGACGGGCGGCGUAAGCCAGGGGCGGUGGGGCGUACGCCAGCUGUUGCUGAGCCAGGGGGUCCACGGGUUCGUCGUCUAAACUCAAGAAGUGGUGUAGAGGGGUUAGUGAUCACCGGCCUGGGCCCGGCCGGAGCCGACGACAGCGGCAGUGGUAGUGGUGGCGAUGAUGGUCGGUCGGAGACACCACCUAGAAACCCGGCAAGGGGUAAGGACCCGAUGGUUGAGGAGGGGAUAUCCGGGGAGUUACCUGUAGAAGAGGUUGAGUUUAGGCCUACAGUGGGGCCUUCGGUGCACGUUCCUAUUACGCGCGGAGACUUUGCCGAGUUUGUGACAGAGGAGGAGCUUGGCCGUUUGCUCCGAGAGAAUCUGGGGGUGGUGGCUGCAGUGAUAGCAGCGCGAGAGGAUCGGCAAAGACAGGUUGAGAGAGUCCAGGAGGAGGAGCGCUUGAGAGCGGAGACUGAGAGAGCCAGGGCCGAGGAGGAGGCCUUUGCGCGUGAGACCGAGUUAGCCGAGGAGGCUUAG